AUGAAGGGCACAAGAACAGAGCUACCGUCCAUAAGGAAAAACUCACGGUCACUCGUCAUCAUUUCGUGGAAUGGGUUGACCCAGUCAAUCGAGCAGGGUGGUAGUAUUUGUUCGAUUAGGCCAUUUGUUUUCUCCUCUACCCAUGCAUUUGCUUCCUUUUCUACCUCAUUGGCCUAUAGUGUAGCCUUACAAGAUUCCACAACGAAUUCUUUGAAAGCCGGCUUCAAGGUAUGUCUCCGGUCGACCCAAACGCCGUUGGCCAACGACAAACGGGGACCGCACAAAGAUCCUUUAUCAUUCAACAUCGGGGUAAAAAGCUGCGAAAGUAGCAAUUCAAGUUCAUUGAUGGACUUGGACCGGAGAAAGCUCAGAAGCUGGUUUCGGGUCGGCCCGCUCGACCCGAAUGCGGUCAUGCUCAAAGCAAUGUGCACGAGUAAGGGCGAGAACACGAAGUUGCCGUUCUUGUUGUCUCCGGUCGACAUGAAUUGCUCGGCCAGCUUCAAGGAGAAGUCAGUUUGCCUGGCGACGGCAUAA